AUAAUAAAUAAGUAAAAGUAUAAACAAAAUAAACAAAAAAAAGAAAGUGUAAUAAAUAAUUAAUAUACUCUAAAAAUGGCCUAGCUUCGUAUGUAUUUUGACCCACUCUACCAUUCUAAAUAGCAGAAUUUAGUAGAAAAUUCAAUAAAUUAAAAGAAUCAAACUUAUAAUGUUUCAAGAGAAUCUCAGAUCAACUCUCAUAUUUUACAAUGCAAAGUAAUACUUUUUAUAGACAUUCUUAAAGUGGUGCUCUUCAUCUUAUUGAUUAAGAACUAAACGCUUUAGCAAGAAUUAAAUACAGCUAAUCUGGUUACUUGGUGUGUAUUUGUAGCUCUUCUAGCGGUUGCUGAUGGUAUAGUAAAAUUGCAAAAUAUAAAGAAAAGUAGUCAAAAACUAGAACAAAAUCAAAGAGUGAAUUAACCUUCUAUUUAAUGCUUGGAAGACAGCCCAUCAGCAAGUUUCAUUUAGUAUUCAGUUUAAAACGAUUUGACUGAAGAAAUAGAUUUCGUGUAAGCAAUAAAAAGUAUGGACAGAUAUACAAUAAAAAAAUAUUUCUAAGUCUAAUUUAAGAAUACAGAAAACACAAUUUCAUUCUUAACAUCAGCCACCCAAGUUUUCCUUUUGUUUGUUGGGCUAUUUGUAAUUUACUCAGCUGGAGAUCUAAAACAAACUUUUCAAUAUAAAGUUGGCUUUGUUUAUUUAUUCACUGGGUUUUUGGUCUUCUGCUUGCCUAUCUUGAAUUUAAUUAUUUUUAUGUUAUGUCUCCCAAUAAUAAUUCUGGGUUCUCUUUUUUAGACCAAAUAAAAUUCAGAUCAGUAGGCUGAAUUGAAAAAUAUAGUUAGAAUAACAGUUGAUGAGGAAAAUCUGUAAACAGUAUUUUCAAAAAACGAUUGUUCAAUUUGUUUUGUCAGAUAUAAAUUAGGAGAUUAAGUUUUUAGAUUAUCUUGUAGUAAAAACCACAUUUUUCACUCAGAAUGUAUUCAAAGAUGGUUUAAAGUAAAUAACAUUUGCCCAGAUUGCAAACAAAAUGUUAAAGAAUCAGCAAUAGAACUUAUGCCUACAUAAAGAACUACACAAAUAGAUACAGAGUAGCGUUUCUGA